ACACAGUAAUAAACUUAGUCCGGAAUCUUCGCAGCGUUUCAUCCCCGGAACUAUUGUGAGCAGGCUCUCGGAUUCACGGACUAUUUCGUAGACGGACCGGUCCCACGGGCUAAUGUGUCCGCCAGCACUCCUGCAGGAAUGGAUGAUGACACACCAGACGAGGUCCUUGCCGAGCUGAGGUCCAGGCCCAUUGGAGGAUGGGGUGUCGCUCAGAUAGCUGCUGGCACUGGGCUGGCUGUGUAUGCGAUGUGGGUGGUAAUCGUCCAGCCAGGUUUUAGAAAAGUCCCUCUGAGGCUGCAGGUUCCCUACAUCCCAGCCAGCAAAGCUCAAGUAGAUAAUGUCAUGACACUGGUGAGAGGUCGAAAGGGAGGCCUGGUGGAUUUGGGAUCUGGUGACGGUCGCAUUGUCUUGGAAGCCCAUCGGCAGGGUUUCACUCCUGCUGUUGGUUAUGAGCUCAACCCUUGGCUUGUUCAAUUCGCCCGCUUUCAUGCAUGGAGAGCAGGCCAUCAUGAAAAUGUAUCAUAUCGGCGGGAAGAUCUCUGGAAGGUUGACUUGACAGAAUGCAAGAAUAUCACCGUGUUCUUGGCACCUAGCGUGCUUUCAUUAUUGCAGGAGAAGCUGCAGGCUGAGCUUUCUGAUGAUGCCUUAGUUGUGGCCGGACGUUUUCCCUUCCCUGACUGGAAACCCUGCAGGAUUGAGGGCCAGGGUGUGGACAGGGCCUGGGCCUACAGCAUGAAAGCACAAAGACAGCACGCUCUCAGGAAAAACGACAACCUCACAGUCAUGGAUAGCGACACUGUUACAAACUAACCAAAGGAGAAAUUAUUCUCUUGAAGCUACAUGGACACACCAAAUCUUUUUCCCUCCUGUAACGGCAACAUGGAAUCAUUAAAUUAUAACUGCCGGUAAGAUGUAAAUAUCCUUUAUUAGAUAAGGGUAACUUGAAGGACAUUUUACAUAAAUACAAUUUCAGACUUUUUGAUUACAUCUGCAACAGGAUGUUUCUGAGAAGCCGUGUAUGCAUAUGCACUUGCUGCUUUUUACUCUACUGUUGUACUGAAGUGAAAAAUUGCAAUGAUUUUACAGAAAUUUGCAGAAAUGCUCUCUUCUAUAUUUUUGAUAGCUUGGUUGUCUAAUUUAUUUAUCAACAAUGUCUGAACUUCACUUUUAUACCAGAAAUUCCCGAUUGAGGAUUUCUGUGUAACUAACCUUUGGUGGAUUACAUGUCGAGGAGGAACAUGCUUUUAAAAGUUGUUUUAUCUAUAGUUUUCUGUGUCCGCUAUAUGCCACUAUGUACUUAGUGUUUCUUACACCUAAAUAUAAUUAGACAUCUUCAGAGACUAUUUUGGAAUUCAUGGUGCAGCUUGAUCCAGAAGUAAGAGGAACUAAACAAUGAAUAGCUUCCAGGUGGUUGUGUGGGCAGGUGGACUUUGCCCUUCAUGUUCUGUAAGCGUGAUUGUUAUUUUCUGCAAUAUCACAGACUGUAACCCUUGGACUAAUGGUGUCCAUAGUGUAUAGUAACUUUGAUGGUAUUUCGUAGUUACAUCUGUGAACAUAUUAGGAGAACGCAUUCAUCUUUCCAAAGUGGUAAAUAAUUAUCCAGUAUCAGUUUAUUUUUUACUGUAAUGUCUUUGAUAAACUUUAUUGAGCACACACUGGA